AACCACCGGGGCACAAAAACAACAAACGAAUGAAGAUUCUUUCAGUAAGCGAGCACAACAAGCGCGAUACAGUCAUUCGUGUAUAAAACAACAGACAUGUCCCGUCACCUUUGUUCUUUCACCGCACUUUUAUUAUUUUUCGCCACAGUAUCUCGAGGGCAAAGGAUAACAACGAUACAGUUAGAUGGGGUCCAAUAUUUCGUUAGCAGAAUGAAUCCUUAUUCGCCAGAAUUAAAUUUUUUCCUAGCGUAUCAGUAUUGUAGGUCGUUAGGAUUACAAUUGGUUUCCUUCGAAACAAAAGAAAAGGCAGAUUCUAUAACGCAGUACUUAAGUAAUGCAGGUUUCAAUAAAUACGACUUUUGGACGUCUGGUAACCGGCUAGGCACCAAUAUGUUCCUUUGGAUGAGCACAGGAUUGCCAUUCAAUGCUACCUUCAAUUACAUGAAGCAGACUGAAAUCGAAGAUCCAGAGGGUCCUGUAGCUUCAAAUGUUCCUGGUAGCACUAGUCCUCAAAGAACUGCGAGAGAAAGCGAUGAGAGCGGAGCAUCCAGCGCAUGCGUGACUCUGAAAGCCCCAAGUUUCGAAUGGAAAAUCGAUAACUGCAUGAGCAUCAAAGAUUUCAUCUGCGAGCAGACUCGCUGUUACUACUACAACUAUGGUUCUAUUCCUGUGUCAUCGGCGCAGGGGAAAUAUAAGACAACAACUGCUGCACCAACAUCGACGUCCACCGAAAAUAUCGAUAAUAAUAAUAUUAGUAAUUUACUUAGCAAAAUCCUUUCUUCCCCAAUGCAAUCGCUGACUGAACCCGACCGUGAUGCGUCAGAUAGACAUCCUGUGUUUCUGCAUAACAAGGACCUCGAACUCGAGCAAUCAACAAAUGGCCCUUACGACAAUUUCAAUUCUCAUGCCGAAAUGCAGGACGAUCCGUCAUCUGGUACUGAAGAACAGGGAGGAUAUAUUUCGACAAUUGAACCUGAGAAGGUCACCUUGGUCAGUUCCUCUGGUUCUUCCUCAUAGGCAUUUAAGUUUCGUCCGUAAGUUCCGAUGAAGUUCAUCAUAAUGUGUAAUCUUUUCUAAUAAAGAAUUUUGUAAAGAA